AUGGCCGACGUUCAGUCUCCCCCCGCACAUAACAAGCCUGACCUGUCCAAGAAGCUGGCUGAGCUGCGCGCCGGCAGCAAGAAGCGCGCCGCCGACAGCCGAGACCCGCCACCUGCAACGCCUGCGCUUCCUGCACCCCUCGAUCUCUCCUCGCAUACGUACUCGCCGCCAGCCCGCCGCAUUCUCUCGCAAAAAGACUUGGACGCUUUCUCCACUUCGCCGGCGUACGUCUUGAUCCUUGCGUUUAUAUUCGGCUUGUCAGACACAGUCCGCGGGCGGGCUGUCACGGACUUCAAGGACGAGUCAGAGCCAGCCCCAGAGAAUGUCCAAAAGAUACUGCAGAUAGUCGCCCUGCUAGAAAAGCUGGUCGAGAGCAACCCUGCCCUUGACCAAGGGGGCUCCCGUUUCGGCAACCCGGCCUUUCGCUCGCUUUUCGACGAGACGGCCUCCCAGAGCCCUGCAUGGCACCGCGAGAUUUUGGGCAUUCAAGAUCCUGCCGCGGUCAAUGAAGUGGCGACGUACUUGAUACACUCGCUCGGGUCUCGAGACCGGCUGGACUACGGAUCGGGACACGAGCUGAAUUUUAUGAUGUGGCUGUUGUGUUUAUACGAGCUGAAGCUGGUCUCGGCCGCGGACUUCCCGAUGCUUGUCUUCAAGGUGUACUACAGCUAUAUGCAUCUGAUGCGGCGCGUUCAGACGACGUAUUACCUCGAACCGGCCGGCUCGCACGGGGUGUGGGGUCUUGACGACUACCAUUUCCUGCCGUUUCUCUUUGGGGCGUCGCAGCUGGUUGAACACCCGUAUAUUACGCCGCGCGCGGUGCACAAUAGUGCGGUGCUGGACGAGGAAGGCGAUAAAUAUUUAUAUCUGGAUCAGGUGCGAUGGGUGGAUAGUGUCAAGACGGUCAAGGGCCUGCGGUGGCACAGUCCCAUGCUAGACGACAUCUCGGGCGCCAAGAACUGGAUCAAGAUCGAGAGUGGGAUGAAGAAGAUGUUUGUCCGCGAGGUUCUCGGCAAACUGCCGAUUAUGCAGCACUUUUUGUUCGGCAGCCUGGUGCCGGCCACGGCGGCGAUGGGGCAGGAAUCGGAAACGCAGGCAGAGGGGCAUAGUCACGAACACAACCAUGAAAAUGAUUUCUGGGGGGACUGCUGUGGCAUCAAGGUACCCAGCACGAUUGCGGCAGGCGAGGAGAUGCGCAAGCGAACGGGGGGAACGGGGCUGCGGCCAAUACCAUUCGACUGA